AUGAAGCCUGCAGUCAUCCUAUCCCUCUUCGCCACUGCUGCCCUGGCUGCGGAUGAGGCCUGCUCAAGGACGAACAAGGAAAACAACAACGUGUAUUAUUACUUUUACAAGGCCACCCCCGGUCAGCCUACAGGUUACCAGUGGUGCUACGGCUUUUAUGACAAACUUGUGGCCUAUUGUACCAUUUCGUCAAAGGGUUGCUCGACCUUUGCCGGCUCGUUGCCAUCUAGUAGUCACUCGAGCUCGAGCUGGACAUUCCUCGUGCCCAACACGUGCACGAAUGAGAAUGUGGAGACUGCAUGGCAGGAGUUCACCUCGGGCGAGUUUGGCAGUUCCAACUGCGCUUAA